AUGAGUGUCAAUAGCGGAGGUAAGCCUCCUGAUCCUCCGCCCAGAAAACCUAUUAUAUUCGAUAGUCAAAAUGAUGCCGAACAAAUGGAACUUUCUGUAAGUACUCCCAUUCCAAUAAAUUUGACAACCAAAAACAACAACCAGUAUCCAAAUGAUCCAAAUACAACGAAUAUGAAUGUUAAUAAUGAAACAAAACAGAACUUAAAAGAGGUAAGGCAAGCAUUUUUAUUUAACAGUAAUGAUCGAGGUCCAUAUCACGUUUACAUUGAAAACAGUUCUACGGAUUUUAAAGGUAAAAUAAAUUCUUUAAAAAUUGGUGAAAUUAUUUUGUCUAACUUUCCUGAAGCAGACAAUAUGAUGUCCAGUAUAGAUGCCAUCGGCCGUAAUAGAAUUAGAGUCAAAUGCAAAGACUAUAAAACUGAAAAUAAUCUUGUUAAAAACAAAUCUCUGGAAAUUUUUAGAUCAAAUAAUUUGGAUCUGUAUAUUCCAAAAUUUAUUUUACACAGACAAGGAGUUAUUAGAGACAUAGACAUAGAUUUCUCUGAAGAGUCAAAUAUAACAAACAAUGAUACAAAUUUUUCACAAAAUUCACAACCUUCUACUUCUACCCAAGGAAAUAACUUUGCUAAAUUUAUAUUUAAUCCUCACACCAACACCAGUAGACCAAAUAAAAGGCAGAAGCCAAAUAGUCCAGACCCAACUGAUAUAGCCAGAAAAGAAAUAAUAUCUGUAGUUUCCCCUCCAAAACAUUCUGAGGGAAUAGUUAAAAGUCAAUUCUAUCAACAAAACUUAAACGUUGCAGAUUCACAGUCAGAAGACUUAGAUUCUUCUGUAAUAAAUGUCAUUUUAGAAUCAGUUCUUACAAUUGUUAAUUCAAUUAAACAAAAUAAUAAUUUUAAUAUUUCUAAAUCUGAUGUAAUUCAGUUAAUUAGUAACCAUUCUAACCAAAAUCUAACAUCAAAUCGCAGGCCUAACUAA